UUUCAGGUUACAUUCUUAAGUUUAUGGAAUCGUGAAUCCACGGAAUUUCGUCAAUCAUUAAAUGCAAUACGUAAAGAAUCAGUAGAAAAUUUAUGUAAUAAAAAUCAAGCUAGUUUAUCCAUUGCUGUACAACCACAAAGUGUACAAAAUUAUCCAUCUGGAAGACCAUUGAAAAUACUCCGAUCGGCUCCAUCUCGAUUGUCAGAUUCACCCAAUUUUAAUGAAAUGUAUAAAUCAGCAAAUGUUAACAAAAAAUCACCUCAUUCAUUGGUCAAUUCAAAUGAUCCACAAUAUUACAAUAGACCAAUAGAAUCGAAUGAAAUGCAUCAUUAUUAUCAAUCACCUAAAUCAAAAAAAUCUUCUUACCAACAUCGUAAUACUACUACUCAUAAUGAUUUCAGUAGUCAGUUUAGCUCAGAAACAAAUAGUAAUAAUCAGAAUAAUCAUAAUUUUAAAAUGAACGAUGCACAGCCAACUACUUAUUUACAUGAAAUUGACCAAUUACAAAGGCAACAACAACAAAAACCACGUAAGUCAAAUAAGUAUCGUGAACCUAGGAAAAAGUGGAAAUCAACGUCGUCCAAAGUCAAUUCACAAAAUCAAUACAAUUCAAAUCCACCGCUUUAUCAAUUGCCAAUAAAUCCGUAUUCGGAUUAAAAAUAAUCACUAUUAUUCAUUUUGGCUAUUAGGUUGAUGACACAACCAAAAUAAUUAGACUCUUUUCUAUCUAAUACAGGGUCCUCCAUCCUUUCCGUUAAAGUGAACGGAUUACAAAAUUUAUCCUACUUAUCUACACUAUAUAUAUAUUCACCCUUUGUUUCUGUAUGUUUUAUUUUGCGUUAUUUGACGUUGACAUUUUUGCAAAUCUUUUAUUUAUUUGAAUGACGAUUUUAAAAAAAUGCACACAUUUUGUACACAUGAAUACAUACAUACGUAAUUAAAUACCCAUAUGGCGAUUUUCCUGCAUCAGUGAAAUAAUUUGUUUUUAAAGAUUUAUACUACUUAAUAAUCAAAUCAGUAGGUACAUUUUUAAGCAGUCGAAAAAUGUAACAUGGGACUAAUCAAUAAAUACUUCUUUGCUACCUACCUCAUGACUAUUUAAACAAACAUAUAUAUACAUAUAUACA